GUGCGUCAGGCGUUGUGGUGUGCGUAAUGCGUCUUUGUUCAGGGAAACGGCGAUUAGAAAGCCGGGUUAGUUAAUUGUAGGCUGUUUUGUUUGGUAGUUGCGCUUCAUUUGGCCUGAGAUCUGCUGAUUGUCAUAAACGAUGGGGACCCAGCAGUUCUGUUUAAAAUGGAACAAUCACCAUUCCAAUAUGCUCUCAGUUUUUGAACAGUUGCUUAAUAACGAAGCUUUAGUGGAUGUAACUUUAGCCUGUGAAGGGCACAGUUUAAAGGCACACAAAGUGGUAUUAUCGGCUUGUAGCCCUUUCUUUCAGACACUUUUUGUUGAUAAUCCGUGUAAACACCCAAUUGUGAUAAUGAAGGACAUGAGAUAUGUUGAUAUGAAAGCCAUUAUCGACUUCAUUUAUCACGGUGAAGUGAAUGUGUCGCAGGACCAGCUAUCUGCCCUCCUGAAAACUGCAGAAACACUGAAAGUGAAAGGACUAGCAGAAGUGGGCAAUGAGAAACAAGCUGAAAAACACAGUGAUCAACAAGAUGUGACAACGCAGUCGAAUUCGGUCCAGUCAGUGCCAGUAACUGGUAUUCAGCAACAUCACCGUACUGAAUCCCCUCCACUGCAUAAACGGAAGAGAGGAAGACCUCGACGGAGGUCAGGAUCGAGUCAGAGUGAUACAGAAGAACCAGUACCAACCAAGAUUAAAGAACCAGAUUCUCCAGAAAUUAUAAGUGAUGUUAGUAGAGAUGGUUUAACUGAAAGUACACCAGAUGUCAGUCAAAGGAUAUCUCAGACAAGGGUUCCUCCCAUUACUUCCAGCCAAAGUUACUCUCUGUCAUCACAGAAAUCUCAUUCUCUAUACUCAUCAGUUCCUUCUCAUCAUGACUCUGGUGCUACUGUUGAAGAACCUCCCUCCAUUACAGAUGGUGACUUUGAUGUAGAACCAACCAGACUAAUGGAAGCUUCGUUAACUACAGAUGCUAGUGGUGUCUCCAUGUAUGACUCUCAGGCCCAGUCAUCCCUAACAUCUACAUCCACAUCUCUUGCUCUUCCAUCAUCUUCAGUUGAACUGCCACAUUCUAAUUCAUUAAGUCAAGCAGUUGUUCCCACAUCUUUACAUUCAGCAUCAGACUCAUCAGGCUCAGGACUAGGAAACCAAAAUACUAUGGAGGAUAUUAAACCACUAGUGUCUUUUGAGGAGCCACCGAUCGGUGUUUCUAGCCAUUCACAAGAUAGCAGUAGUACAAAUGCCGUUUUACCUUACUUAGACACAUCAGGGGUACCAGCAGUACCAGGACCAAGUAGCUUCCAGCCUUCACCUCAACAAGGUAGUAUUGGCAGACAAAGAUCGGAAUUUUACUCACGGCUUCAAGUUUACCAGUCAGGUCUAGGUUGUCCAAUCUGCCCUAAAGUAUUCAAAGAUAAAUCUCUUCUAAAGCAGCAUUUCAACUUGCACACCAAUGUCAAUCAGUAUUCCUGUAAAUUGUGUGGGAAGAGCUUUAGGUGGCGCCACCAGAGAAUAAAACACUUACGCCUAGCCCAUUCUGAAUAACUUACUUACCAGCUGCUUUGUUGAGUAAAGUAGUUUUAUUUUCUUCUUGUUAUAAAACUGUUCAGCAAGUAAAAGUUGAAAUUUAUUAUGUAUGUAAAAAAAAAUAUUAUAAAUUCUGUACUACUAAAAAUAUCUUUAAUUACAAGUGUUUUGGAAGUAUUUCAAAUUCUAACAUCAGCGUUUAAGCCUCAAAAAAGUUAAUUCAUGACAUCCUAACUACAAAACGCUAGAAUUUUUUAAAAUUAACCUUUUGAGGUUUUAGUGGUGGUGAUGGAAUACUGUAAUGUCUUUAACUAAAUGUGUUUUUGGUUUUACUGUGUUUCCACCUUCUCAAUCAGUUCUUAGUUAAGUUAAUGAUGUAAUGUUUGUGUUUCUCUCAUUUUUAUCGAACAUUUACAUUUAUUUCAUUUCCAGUGGAAGCUAAAACCUUUUAGAUUUUUCUGACAGAGUGUUUUAAUUUUUUCUAUAAGAUCCUAGUUUGUGUUGUUGUAUGUGGUUUUGUAUCUCUGUGUGAACAAUAAAGAGGUUCUUAAUCCUA